AAAUGUUUUCCAUAUUAGUUCAGAGUCCUUUCUGAUUCCGAAUAGCAGGGAUCGCGUAGGGAGAGAAGCCUCCAGUGAGGAGGGAGGGGAAGGGCAGGGCAAGGGAACAGUCCGGCUAAAGAGAGCAAAAGAAACGCCAGGGAGAGAAAGAAAAGGAAGGACAAACAGAUAGAAGGCGAGUGCAAGAACGUCCAGUCGGCCUCAAAAGAAGAUUGAGAAUCUCAGCACGAGACGGGAGGAAUUAUGGGGUCGGGGACAAGUCCGAUGGGGUCGGCUGGAGGAGGCAACGCAAACGCUGGCAAGGAGAAGAAGGGACAAGCAGAAACUGGAGGCCCAGUGCUGGAGGAAGCCCAAAAAUGUUGUGGCUGCCGCUUUCCUUUGCUGGUCGCUCUGUUACAGCUUCUGCUGGGCGUCGCAGUAGCUGCUGUGGCCUUCCUCAUGGUUGCCAUUAGCUCCUCUCUGCUGGCCAGGGAGACGCCCCAUUGGGCCGGCAUCAUUAUGAUUGUGGUGUCUCUGCUGGGAUUCAUCCUCUUCUGCAUCACCAGAGUGCCUGAUGAGAGAGCGUCGGCUCAAUUUAUUGUAAAGCUCCUGUACUUCUUCCUGUGCACAAUGGGGCUGGUCAUUUCCACAGUGGUCAUUGCCUUUCAGUGCUACCAUUACGCCCUGACUAACAGCUACAGCUGCAAGGAAAUGGGGGAGUACUGUUUGUGCACCUUGGACCCGGAGGACGCCAUCGCUCGCACUUUCUCCUACAGCGGUGUGACAGACUGCAGUGCCAUCGUAAGCACUCUACCCAUGUAUUACCUUCUGCAGAUGGUGCUGAACCUGGCUCAGGCUGUCGUCUGUCUGGUGGGGGCCUUCCUCAUAUGGAAGAACAGGUACCAGGUGUUUUUCGCUGGGCUACAAACAGGAUCUCCUUCUGCUCAGAAUUGGCAAAAAGUCUAGGCCACUGAGAGAUCUCUUUGGAGAAGUAAACGUGGAGCAUGGGAGUGUUUGUGCCUUUAGGGAAUAAACUGUUUGCUGCCCCUCUGAGAGUUUUAUGCCAUGUGACCUUUUUAUCAAAGUCUGUGUUUGUAUUGCCAUAUAAUAAUGUUUUGAAACGUUUUAUGCAAUCUUCAGAGAUGUAUUUUUCUACAUUGGCUGUUUGAAAAUUUCAGCUUGCGGAGGUUAACUGUUUAUUUUGUACCACUGCCAGAGAGAGUAUUUUCAUCUAUAAAAACAAGUAACUGACGCAAAAUGAAACCUGAAAUUUUAAGAAAAUAAGCAAUACAAUCUGUUGUUUUGGUUGUUACUGUUGUGUUUAUGGCAAGCCUAAAAAUUCCUCUAAUUGCUGUAUUAAAUUUACCUUAAAAAAACCCCAAAGCACCUUAAAAUGCAAUUAUUCACAUGUUGACUUUUUUCUAACUUCAGGUGCAUUCAUUGUUUCUACAUAUAUAUAUAUAU